GCGGCGCUAAUGCGGGCGCUGAUCAUGGGGGCCCCCGGCUCUGGGAAAGGCACCGUAUCGUCCCGCAUCGUCCAGCACUUCGCCCUGAAGCAUCUCUCCAGCGGAGACAUCCUGAGGGACAACAUGAACAGGAAGACCGAAAUUGGCAUACUGGCUAAGUCAUAUAUUGAAAAAGGGCAACUGAUUCCCGAUGACAUCAUGACUCAGCUGAUGCUGAGCGAGCUGAAAACGCUAGAUCAGAAGCACCUGCUGCUGGAUGGCUUCCCCAGGACUGUCCCACAGGCUGAAUCACUGGAUAAGGUGUGGCCAAUUGACACCGUGAUUGUUUUAGACGUUCCUUUUGAGACCAUCAAGCAACGUUUGACUGCACGCUGGAUUCAUCCUGCUAGUGGCAGGGUGUACAAUCUUGAAUUCAACCCUCCCAGAGUCUCUGGUCGUGAUGAUCACACAGGGGAGCCUCUUGUUCAGCGUGAUGACGAUAAACCGGAAACGAUUAUGAAGAGAUUGAAAUCUUAUGAAGCAGAAACCAAACCUGUCCUGGAGUAUUACCGUCAAAAAGGAGUGCUGGAAUCUUUUUCUGGAACAGAGACCAACAAAAUCUGGCCUCAUGUUUAUCGUUUCCUCCAAACGAAGCUGCCUGAAGUGAAUCAGACGGGUUGAACAUGAUUCGUUUUACUAAUAUACGGAAACUACUAAUAUAUGGCUAAAUAUCCAGUUUCUAGCAAUCUUUGGAAUCAUAAAAAAUUAGGAACGGACUGGGAUUUUAGUGAUGGAAUUAUGAGCCACCCUGAUAUAUAGCUGUCUGAAAUCUCUAAAAUGACCAUGUUUUAAUUCUGUGCCAAAAUCUAGUAGGAUGAUCGAUUGCUAAUUUUUUGUACUGGGUAUAUCUGGAUUUUGUAAAAUGUA